AUGCACGCCGCCUGCCUCCAAAACGCUCACGUUCGCCUCCCUAGGAUUGACGCGGAUGGUUCGGGAGCCAUCAACAAGGAGGAGUUCGUCCGGCCACUCACGCGGUGGAUCCACGAGUCCAAGACGGCGCCACGCUUUGUGAAGUACAACGUGGAUCGCAGCUUGCAGGCUCAGGAGGAGAUCCUGAAGCAAAACCACGAGCAGUUCUGCCUUUUGGCGCAUCGACUUGAUGAGCUUUGUGCAGAGCUAUUGCCCAAAACCAGUCCACUUGCAUCGAUGGAAUGGCAGUCUUCGAUGCUGCUGGCAAGCAUUGAGGAGCCAUCUUCUUCGGAGCAGGAGGGCAUGGAAGAGCCAUUCACGAAGGGUUACCAGAUCCCUUGCCUUGAGAUUGGCAUCGAGCAGCCAAAGGAGUCCAGCUGUGCAUUGAAGGAGUCCAAGGGGGAAGAAAUCCAUGAGCAAGUCUCAGGAUCGGAUCAGCUACAGCGCUGUCCUCAGCGGAUUGGCUGCGGACCGAGGGAGAUGGCCUCGCUCCAUGGGCCUCCUACGGCUGAUGUCGCUUCGCCAGGUGGUGCCCGACGUGAUCUGCCGCAACACCCUGCUCCACGCACUGGAACAGACGGGAACUCAUUGGCCUUUAGCGCUGCAAACCUUGCUGGAGACCCAGGUGUCGUGACCUUCACUUCCAGCAUGAAUGCCUGCCACAAGGGAACUGCUUGGCCCUUGGCUGUGGCUCUGUCCUCCAACAUGGUCCUCCCGAAGCGAGACCCGCGACGGGAGGACAACGUCAUCAGCUUGAACUGCUUGUUGAGUGCCUGUGCACGCGGCAGCCAUUGGAGGGCUGUCCUGGAGCUGCCCUUGCUGGACGCCACUGGGGUGUCGGCGAUGCUGGAGGGCCUGGGCGCAGCACAACAGUGGCAACUCGCGCUGAGGGGCCUGAGGUCAUGGAAGGUGGCCGAUGCGGUUUGCUUCAAUGGAGUCUUGAACAUUUUGGAGACGGUGAAGCAGUGGCGGCUGUGUUCCCAGGUGCUGAAAGACAUGCAGGAGAUCUCCAUGAAGCUCAGUGUCUCCAGCUUCGGGCCUUUGCUCACCGCCACGGCGCGCGUUCCGCCGGACUCACCGCGGUGUACGCUGCGUCGUGGCAGAGCUGCGACGGCGGAGGAGCUGCUGCUGGAGAUGCGACGGCUGGAGGUGCUGCCCGACGCCUUGGCCUUGAGCUUCGUGGCCACGUGGUCGGACCCGGAGUUCACAGUGCAACUCCUUCAAGACCUUGAUACCUUGGCGCUGGAUGCCACCCGACGCUUACCGUAG